AUGGAUAAGAGUGUAGAGAUAAUAGAUUGUAAUACAUUAAUAAAUGGAAGAAAUAUCUUUAAAUUUAUAAGUGAUUAUAAUUGUGGUGCAACAAUUCUAAUACAAAAUCAUUUGAGGGAUAUAGGUAGAGAAAUACACAAUAACACGAAAAUAAUUGGGAAUUUUGCUUUUGGAGUUAAAGACUUUAUUAUACCUGAUAUAGUCGACAUUCAAUAUCGCUUAAUAAUAAUAAGACCAAAUAAAUCGAUCUUCACAAAGUUAUGCAGCAAAUCACAUUCAUAUACAAUCAAUAUUAACGGAAUUGAUGGUGAUAUAAAUAAUGUAUCAAAUACACACAACGAUUCACAGCAAAAUCAUAUCAUCAAUAUAGAUGGUGAGAUGAACAGCGUAUCAAAACCAUAUAACAAUUCACAACAAAUUCAUAUCAUUAAUAAUAAAAGUUAUCGUACAUUAUCACAAUUUCCCAGUAACAAUGAUGUUUAUUUAGUUGAAAGUAAAGAUACAGAAAACAAACAGCUUUUGUAUGUAUACAAAAGAAUUAGUUAUAAAAAUAGUCAAGUAAUAUAUAAUAGAACAUCUGAGGAAAUCAGAGCAAUGAAACUACUCAAAGGUAAUCGAAGAUUUGUUCAACUUGUUGAUUAUUAUCAUGAUCAAAACAAUCAAAUCUUUCAUAUUAUCACUGAAUACUGUAAAGGUGGUGAUCUUUAUCAAAAACAUAAGCAUUUGACUGACUCUAACCUAAUAUUUGAAGAACCAGAGAUUUGGGAUUUUUUAGUACAACUUUUCAAUAUUCUUUUGGAUCUUGAAAAGCAUAGGAUAGUUCACAACGACAUUAAACCAUUAAACAUAUUCAUUGAAGGAGAUCUUCGAAAUUGGUCAUUGAUACUUGGUGAUUUUGGAGGUUGUCUAUUUCCUCCAAAAGGGCAAACCAUUGCGAAUGAAAUUGCUCAAAUCAUUGAAGAUAACUGUGUGAUUCCGAAACAGCAAGAUAAUGAUUUAUUAAGUGUCUUUACUCCUAAUUCAACAUUGAAAUCAGUUAUUUAUGGAACUCCUGGAUUUUUAGCACCAGUAAGUAAAAUUUAUUCAACUGAAUUCGUUAGAUAUCUAACAAAUCAUCCAGAUGAGAACAAGAAUCAUAGGGUUACUGAGUAUUAUACUCAAAUCCUGGAAUCAAAAGUUCCCUCCAUUUCAAAACGUAUAGUUUUCAUUUCAAAAGAGAGAUAUUCAGAAGAUUUGGCCAAUUUUAUUAGUCUACUAUUAGAUCCGAAUCCAAAGAAUCGAGAAUCUCUAAAAGGUUUGCUAAGCCAAUAUAUUAAAAGUAUCACCUUCAAUAAUAUAAUUAAAUUUGAUUUAAAUAUUAAAUUCGAUUAUAAUUCCAUUUUAAUGAAUACUCAAAAUAUUACAACAAUCAUAUUUGGUGACCAAUUUAAUCAGCAAUUACAUGGAAAUUCACUCCCACCCAACCUUAUAUCAUUAACAUUCGGAUGUUCAUACAAUCGACCAAUACCUAUCGGUGUACUUCCCAAGUCUCUUGUAUCUCUAUCAUUCGGCGAAGAUUUCAAUCAAAAAUUGGAGCCUGGAGCGUUACCAGAUUCUAUUGUAACAUUGAGGUUUGGGUAUGGAUUCAAUCAAGUUUUUACAAAAGGAGUGUUGCCUUCAUCACUAAAAUCAUUGACAAUGGGUGGCUACAACCAUGAACUUGAGGGUAAUGAACUACCACAGCAUCUUGAAGAGCUGGAGUUAAGUUUUUAUACUCAAAGCAUUCAAGCCGAGGUAUUUCCAAGCACAAUCAAAUCAUUAACUCUGGGUACCUUCUCAAAUGGUUUCGAUCAACAAUUGGCUGUUGGUGUGCUACCACAAUCUCUUGAACGUUUAAGAUUUGGUUCUUUUAAUCAAAAGAUUGGUACAGACGUUUUACCAAACACACUUAAAACAUUAUCUUUCGAUAGGAACUUUAAUCAGCCAUUUAAUAUUGGAGUUUUACCGCCUUCAUUAGAGUCACUUUCCCUGCCUCCAAAUUAUAACCAUGUUUUUAAACAAGAUGUACUGCCACAUUUAAUUAAGUCAUUAAAUUUAGAUGACUAUUCACAACCGAUUGGCAUUGGCGUGCUUCCAUCAUCCCUUUUACAAAUAACGAUAUUACAGUAUUCUCGGUCAACUAAUCAGAAUUUUGACUCUGGUAAACGGCAAAUAGUUUUGCAAAAUAAUAGAAUACCAUUACCAGAAUCACUUGAAUCAAUCAUAAUUGGCGUGUAUAAAGAUUUUAAGAAACAAGGAAUAUUACCAAAACUAGAAGGUCUCUUAAUUAAUGGAGAUGGACAGUUUUUGGAAGCUUUGAAAUUAACAGAUUCUCUGGAGGAGCUUCAAUUUAUUCAAGACUAUUAUCCAGAAUAUGCAACAAAUAUUAUCAAUUAUUUAUCAAAAUCUCCAAACUAUCAACUUCAAGGAAAAAAUAUUAUUGCUUUACUUGUUUUCAAAUACGAAAUAAAUAAAGAUUAA